AUGGCGACCGCGCGUUUGGCCUGGGCCCUGCGAGCCACCUCUGCUGGGGUAAGGCUGCGCGGCCCCCGAGGCACCGGGAGCGCCCGGAGGCUGAGUGGCAGCGCGCGAAGGCGAGCGGCCAGGGGCGCCAGCCCCGGGCGCCGGCUCAGCACCGCCUGGGCGCCCGCCCAGCCCGCACGCGAAGGCGCCGAGGACGACCGCCACCCGCCGGCCGCGGAGGAGCCGGAGUGGACGCGGCCCCCCGCGCCGCCGGUGCCCCCCGAGCCCCCCGAGCCCCCCGGGCGCGCAGCCGGCCGCUCGCUGGUGCAGCGGGACAUCCAGGCCUUCCUGAACGAGUGCGGGGCCAGCCCCGGGGAGGCGCGCCACUGGCUCACGCAGUUCCAGACCUGCUACCAUUCCGCGGACAAGCCCUUCGCGGUCAUCGAGGUGGACGAGGAGGUACUCAAGUGCCGGCGGACGGUAACCAGCCUGGCCUUCGCCCUGGCAUUCCUGCAGCGCAUGGACAUGAAGCCGCUAAUUGUUCUCGGGCUGCCCGCCCCCACGGCGCCCUCCGGCUGCCUUUCCUUCUGGGAGGCCAAGGCCCAGCUCGCCCAGCACUGCAAGGUGCUGGUGGAUGAGCUGCGGCACAACGCUGCCACCGCCGUGCCUUUUUUUGGCGGCGGGUCGGUGCUGGGUGCGGCGGAGCCAGCCCCCCAUGCCAGCUAUGGCGGCAUCGUCUCGGUGGAGACGGACCUGCUACAGUGGUGCCUGGAGUCGGACAGCAUCCCCAUCCUGUGCCCCAUCGGGGAGACCACCGCCCGCCGCUCCGUGCUCCUCGACUCGCUGGAGGUGACCGCGGCUCUGGCCAAGGCGCUGCAGCCCACCAAAAUCAUCUUCCUCAAUACCACAGGCGGCCUGCGCGACAGCAGUCAAAAGGUCCUGAGUAACGUGAACCUGCCCGCCGAUCUGGACCUGGUGACCAACGCGGAGUGGGUGAGCACCAAAGAACGGCAGCAGAUGCGCCUCAUCGUGGACGUGCUCAGCCGCCUGCCGCACCACUCCUCUGCCGUCAUCACCGCCGCCAGCACGCUACUCACCGAGCUCUUCAGCAACAAGGGGUCCGGGACCCUGUUCAAGAACGCCGAGCGGAUGCUGAGGGUGCGCAGCCUGGACAGCCUGGACCAGAGCCGCCUAGUGAACCUGGUCAACGCCAGCUUCGGCAAGAAGCUCCGGGACGACUACUUGGCCUCGCUGCGCCCGCGGCUGCACUCUGUCUACGUCUCUGAGGGGUACAACGCGGCCGCCAUUCUGACCACGGAGCCCGUAUUGGGGGGCACUCCCUAUCUAGACAAGUUUGUGGUGAGCUCCAGCCGCCAGGGCCAAGGCUCCGGGCAGAUGUUGUGGGAGUGCCUGCGGCGGGACCUGCAGACGCUUUUCUGGCGCUCCCGGGUCACCAACCCCAUCAAUCCCUGGUACUUCAAACACUGCGAUGGCAGCUUCUCCAACAAGCAGUGGAUCUUCUUCUGGUUUGGCCUGACCGAUAUCCGGGACUCUUACGAGCUGGUCAACCAUGCCAAGGGGCUGCCGGACUCGUUCUGCAAGCCGGCUUCUGACCCGGGCAGCUGACCCUCACCGCCAACCUUGCAGGCCCUGGGAUAACCAGGGCGAAACAAAAGCCAUGCCUGUUGGAUGUGACCCCAGGCAGCCGCAGGCUGGACCAGGCUUGUUGCCUAAGGAUCUGCAGAGGAGGAACCAGCCCCUACUCUACUCUGCCCAGGGCAGGGCGCCCGAGUGGAGACAAGCAUAGGAAGAAGGGUGUGCCCAAGACACACACACACCCCACUGGCUCCAAAGCUAGACCCAGAUAGCCUUCAGUUUUCAGUCUAGGGAUCUUGAGGGGCGGGACUGGGGGGCUUGCCUUCCAGGGCUAUACUCAGGGCUAACCUUACAGGUGGGCCAGUGUCUCUGGCCUCUGUGCUGUUUUGAGGCUCCCUUGCCCAAAAUAUUACCUCAUUUGCUUGAUAUUC